AUGCCAUAUACAUCUCGUACGACCGAUGGAUAUAGUCUUUGUUUGAAAAGAUUCGCACUACUUGAAAUGACCUGGCAAGAAGCGGAACAAACUUGUCAACUGAGCGGAAGCAAUGCACAUUUGUUAUCCAUCCAAUCUGUACAACAACUUGACUGGCUGGCAUCUCAAGUUGUUCAUUUGAAGUUUUUACUCUUUUUGCUGAAUUUUUUAAUUGAAUUAAUUACAAAUAGCAAUGGCAGGUCGAUUUAUUUAUCACAUUUUAUAUAUUAA